UUCGUGCAAAAUGGAGUUUUUUUGCCUUCUGCCUACGGAUUAUAUACUUCAUGUCGACAGUUCAGAUUUCUCCAACCACAGUAAACACCAGUCUUGAUUCGAAAGUCACAACAAGUCAAAGUUCAGAUUUUGAAACUGACUACAGAAGUGACAAGGCAGUAGAUGGCUGUACUAAACGGACGCUCAGAAGUGGUUGUUGCUCACAUACAAACGUGAAUCCUGCACCAAAUGAAGCUUGGUGGCAGAUUGACCUUGGUGAUCAAGUCGUCAUCGAAGACGUCAAGAUAUAUUACAGAGAUGAGGCUAUAUUAGAGCAAAAAGGUCGAUUCGCUGGUUAUCAAAUAUACCUGUCAAAUACUACAACAGAUUGGAGAAACAAUGGCAGUUGUUAUACAGACACACCUUCUGCACCAUGUGUGGUGGAGCUAACUCCACGAAUCACAUCAUGUACAGGCAACACCCGAUACCUGACAAUUUACGUCGACCGUCGAACACUAGCUUACUCUUGGUACUCUACACAAGCUUUCCUGGAGCUCUGUGAAGUACAAGUUCAUGGUUGUCCAGUAGGGAAAUAUGGUGACGGAGAUUGUGAUUCAAACUGUGAUCCAACCUGUGUUAAUAGCCAGUGUCAUCCUAACAGCGGUCAGUGUUCAUACUGUGCGCCGGGAUUUUAUAAGUCUGGGCUUGUUUGUACAGCAUGUCCGACAAAUUGUUUGAAUGGCGUGUGCAAUGUGGAGUCCGGUCUUUGCUCAGAAUGUGUGCCUGGUGUGUAUGGCCCCAACUGCACUCAGACCUGUCCUGUCAGCUGUCAAGACAAGUGUGAAAGAAACACCGGAGAGUGCAAUGGUAUAGUUAUUUGUUUCUUGUUUGAUUAGCUUAAAAUGAAUCAUAUUGAAUGUGAAUGUGAAUUUCAUAAAUAUUUGACUCGAGUUCUGCUCUAGUUGUUUCAACAUAUAACAAGGAAUUUACAUUUUAACUUUUUUUUUAUUUCAGCAACUGUAUGCUAUAGCAUUAUGCGUUCCUAUAAGUUCGUCACGUAUUGUAAAUAUUCUAUGUAUAAUGUACGUUAACUGUAUUGUCUAUGUCACGUGAUGUUCGUAAUAUAAAUUGUUUCACGUGUUGUAUGUUUCAUGUAGUGUCCAUGUCAUGUGAUGUCCGCGACCUGUGGUCGUGCAAGCCGGUAUAAAAGUGUGUAUGCUAGUGUCUCCUCUUGGUUUUAUUGGUCAGUAGUCUUUGUGUGUAUUUCGCUCCAAAACUACUGAUUCUGCACAAUCACAUGACGUUUUAUGGACAUGGAAACAAUUGGGACAAGAUACUGGAGGCAUUGAAAUAUCCCGUAUGUACCAUUAUGAUUUUAAAAACAUGAUAGUAAGCAUCAUAAUUCUUGCUGAAAUUUACAUUGUACGAGUUAAAUCAAUAACUAACUAGUUGAACUCAUUUUUUUGAGAAUAGACAUUUUUUUCUAGGAAAAUAUCAAAAUGAUUUAUGUAUAUGCAUUUAAUCAUAUAUUUUAUUUAUUUUUACAGUUCUCUAUCUUCACACUUAUUCUAUUGAAUAUAUAGAGCCAGGUAAAACUGGUCAUUUUAAUACUUUGUAAUAUGCACUGUCAAAUUUAAUAUAGUGAAAAUAUACUGAUAAAAAAUUGAAUACCUGCUAUAUAUUUAAUUUCACACGUGUUUUCCGGGUUUGUUUGGUUCUGCAUAAUUAAUGGACCCCAUCGCACUCUGUGCACAUUUGCGCGCGAUGUGCGGAUGAUGUUCUAUGAGUUGUGCGAAUACACAACCGUGCUUACACUUUUGUAAUCGUAUAUUGCGUAAGCAUAGGAUUCAUCAAAACAUAAACUUGGGUAAUCGAUUGUGAUCUCAAUUUAUAAUGAGUUGUACACUUCAUUAUUUUGUAAAUGAUGACUGACUUUUUAAGUAAUUAAUAUAGAUGGUAAAGUGAAAUGUUUCUGGUCUAUACAUGUUAAACAGUAUUUAUUUGUACACAUUUUACUAUAAUCUGUGUAUCUUAUCUUUGCAGGGUUUGAUCAUGAUGCUUAUUGAAAAUGUACAUCAAGAUAGAGAAGAAUGUAUACUCAAACCUUUGUUACAAACACCCAUUGGAGGAGAAUUUAUUUUAAAAGAAACGCUAUAUACCGUCACUUAUGAUUCAUUUUAUAUAUAUGUAGUAUUCUUCUGUAAAUUAUCGAAGUCUUAGUUUAUUUAUAUCAUUACCCUACUUCAUAUCUUUAUCUUCACCUUUAAACAUAUCAUUUUAUCAAUAUACAACUCCGUAAUUGAUGUUCAUAUGAUAUUUAUGUAAUGAUACAAUCAAAUAAUAAGCUUAUAUAUACCAUCAGCUUUGUUAAGAAAAACAGUAUAUUUGUAUGCGUAAACAUUUGUUUGUUUUCUUCUCAUGCACCCCAAGAGUUGGAAGGUCGAGACUAGCUUGUGACCCUAUCUGUCAAUUGAGCGGAAAAUGCAAGCAAACAGAUGGCCAUCUUAAAGGUAGGUGAACAAAUGCAUGUACUAACUCAAAUUGAACAACAAUUAUGCAACUGUUCAAAAGCUAAACAAUGUCAGGAAAGUCAAUUCAGUAAAACGUUUUUUCUUCGUUAUAAUGUCAUAGGCUUGAUAGUGAUGA